AUGAUAAUCGAUUUUGUAAUUAAAAUUGAUUUUGGUAAAACCCGACAAACUACAUUAUCAUUUACAAGUAAAGAGGAUUCACAUAUAUCUGAGAUAUAUAAAGAAGAUGAAAAUUAUCAUUCUAAUAAUGAUUAUAUUAGUACUGAUAAUGAACUUGAUGAUUUAUUAGAAAAUGAAUCUAAUGAAUCUGAUAUAGAAUUACAAUCUUCUAAUAAUAAUCCUACUUUAAUUUAUUCAUCUAAUGAUCUUAAUUUAGAAGAAAAUAAUUCAUUUAUUCCUACUAAAAGAAGAAAAAAAUUAACAAGAAAAACUAGAUUAAAAAAAAGUUAUGUUUGGAAUUAUUUUAAAGAAACUUUACCUAAUAUUACUACAUGUCAAUUAAUAGGUUGUAGACAAGAUCUUGCAUAUCAUCAAAGUACUACUGCUAUGAAAACACACCUUGCUGCAUUUCAUCAUAUUACAAAAGCUACAGUUGAAAAAAGUCAAGAACUUAAUCAAUAUUUAGUUAAAUUUAUUGUAGGAACUGUUCAACCUUUACAAUUA